AUGGAUAACAUACUUCGCCUGUCAGAGGCUGUUUAUGUAGGACUGUGUCUAAAAUUAGGGAGUCCAUCAAUUGUGAGGAUGAGGAGAGAAAUGAUGGACAUUGAUGAGGCAGUGAAUCAGCCUGUGAACAUACUGAAGGGAUUUGAUAGAAUGGAGAGUGGGAGUAGGCGUGAGGGAUUCAGACUGAAAACUUCAGAUGUAGAUUUCAUGUUCUGGCCUCCGGACUGCAAGGUGAUAUGUGAUCUCUCUCAGAUCAGUCUCUACCGUAUUCCACAAAACACUGUGAUUCUGAUGGAGUAUGAUGAUCUACCACCGGGUUUUACCAAACUUAAACUGAUGAGUCAAUCUAAUAAUUCACAAACCAUUUCCUCUUGCGUAGAAGUGAAUAACAAAGCAUACAUUUCAAGUACAUUAUUCAGAGAUAACCAUUUGCGUUUCGUUAGGUCUUGCAAUAUUCCUUUGACAAAUGCUUUCCCUCAUGGACCUUGUUCUACAUAUUCCUUAUUCCAAGAAGCUGAUACUGAUUUUGCGUUCUGUAUCCCAUCACAUCACUGGCCAAAGUUAGCGCUACCGUGGAUAGAAAGAAGUAGGGAGCGGGGCUGGCCAGAUCAAAAUGUUGUAGAUGGUAUUUUAAGAGGAGGAUUUCAUGUUGUCCCUAUCGGAAGCACAUCAGAGAAUGAACUCGAAUGGAGAAUCUCUUUCUCACAAGCAGAACAAAAAGUCGUUUAUUCAAUGAAUCAUUGUCAGUUUUUGUGUUAUGGUCUCUUCAAAAUUUUUCUGAAAGAAGUUAUUAAUGGCCAGACCAAUACAUCCAUUCUCUGCUCAUACUUCAUAAAAACUACUGUUUUUUGGGUCAUACAGAACAAUACCUCCCUGUCUUGGACACCAGAUAACUUAUUGUCUUGUUUCUGG